CCGGACAACUUUAAAAGUACUUUUUCACAGUUGAUUGCCUCUGCUGUGUUGUGUUGUCAACAUCAGCGCCGGGGCUUCAGGGAGAGCGAGCUAGCGAGCUAACCACUAGCCGGCUAGCCAUAGCACCAGGGAGGGGGUGGGUGCCAUAGCAACCGUUUAGGAAACACUGAGUGGCUGCUAGCUAGCUUAGACAGUUCAGGCUAACGUUGUUGGUUUGUUGUGCUAGCGAUAAACAAGACGUCGGCGAGACUUGAAUGUCCAAUUUAGCGUCAGUCAGUCAAUCUUGAACUAGUAUGGAUGUUGAUGACGGCAAUGGCCAGUCUUACAUAUCAGCUAGUAGAGACUCUUCAAUGGAAAGAGAGUUUUCUGGGGCCCUUGGCGGUCCAACAGUGAGCACCCCAAACAGCAAGGAGACUUCCCCUAUUCGCUCCCUCAGUGCCAACUCCAUCAAAGUGGAGCUGUACAGUGAUGAAGACCCAGGUGAUCAAAGAGGGGAGCGGGUAGAGGAUGGAGGUCCAGAGCAGGGACCUGAGGCUGUCGGAGGCUACAGGGAGCUCACCAAUGCUGAAACCAUGGAAGCUGGUGCCACCAGACUGCCAAAUGGAAAGCUUAAGUGUGACAUCUGUGGAAUGAUCUGCAUUGGGCCAAAUGUUCUCAUGGUGCACAAACGCAGUCAUACAGGUGAGCGACCAUUCCAGUGUAAUCAGUGUGGCGCCUCCUUCACUCAAAAGGGUAACCUGCUCCGCCACAUCAAGCUGCACUCGGGGGAGAAGCCAUUUAAAUGUCCCUUUUGCAGCUAUGCCUGUCGAAGACGAGAUGCUCUUACUGGCCACCUUCGCACUCAUGCAGUUUCCUCUCCAACGAGGAAGCCAUAUAAGUGCAGUUAUUGUGGCCGUAGUUACAAGCAGCAGAGCACCCUGGAGGAGCACCGUGAGCGCUGCCACAGCUAUUUACAGAGUCUGGAGUCACAUCAGCCCUCCUGUGUACAGAAUCCAGGAGAGGAGAUGAGAGAGCUAGAGUUUAUACCAGACUCUCUACUGCAACCCUCCUCAGACAAGAUGGCAUUUAUCGAUCGGCUCGCCAACAGUAUCACCAAACGCAAGAGAUCCACACCACAAAAAUUUGUAGGACAGAAGCACAUACAUCUCCACCUUGCCGAUGCACCUUAUGAGCUCAGCGCUGGUUUGGGUAAAGACGGGGAGAUGCCCGCAGGUGAACUUGACACCCCGCACUUUACUGGUCUGGGAGGAGAAUACGCAGGUGUGGCAGGAAAUGGAGGUGGAGGGGUAUCGGACACAAUGAGGCCUCUCCAUCUUCCGACCACUCGCCCUUCAUCUUUAUCAGAACUUAGACCAAUCCACAACUCCAUUCACAUGUCUACCGCUCUAGGCCCAAGGAUGGACUGCUCAGGGACUGGAGCUGGGCUGGGACUGGGAACCGUGGGUGUUGUGGGGAGGGAGGCAGCAGAGGGUCAUGAAGAUCUGCCUGCAAGCCAAAGUCACGCACCCUCACCUAGCAACAGUUGCCUGGACUCUACGGAUACAGAGAGCAUGCCAGAUGAGCCUUGCAACAGUACAGCUCUGACUCUGACCCUGCAGAGUAACAACGGCCACCAUCUUCAUCACUCCAACAACCAUCAUCCAGCACCUCCUCCUGUUGCACACUACAGGAGUCGGAACCGACACAAUCCCAGCCACGCCAAAGAUAUGGAGGUGAAAAGAGAAGAUGGAGGCCACUCUGCCCUACGGCCCCCUGGCGUUGCGCCAACUCCAAGCUCACCUACAGCGGCCUCUUUCACCUCUAGGGAAUCGUUUCGGGUUGUAGAUGGAGAGGGCAGAGCUGUGCGCUCUUUCCGUUGUGAGCACUGUCGUGUGCUUUUCCUGGACCAUGUCAUGUAUACCAUCCACAUGGGCUGCCACGGUUUUCGCCAGCCUUUUGAGUGUAACAUCUGUGGCCACCGCAGCCAGGACCGCUAUGAAUUUUCUUCACACAUUGUCCGUGGUGAGCACAUCCUUGACUGAGGAGGAAGGCUGGCCAACCUGCUUAACUUAGAGCUAUUGAUACAUUGAGACAAGGACCCAGCGGGGUUUGGUCUGCACACAAGCUAAAGAAGACACUGAUGACAUAAAAGUAAUAUGAAUAUUUUAAACUGGAACCAGCUUUACUGGUGAGCUCAUGUGUGUUUUCUAAAAUUACAAUAGGGGUCCCUUGUUAUCUGUAAUGCACUUUGAACAAAUAAUCAAUUUAAGAUUCAAGAUUUAAGACUUAAUUCAAUGUAUUAUAAAGUAGAUGAAAAGCCAAUGCACUUCUUCAAUCCGCAGAUGUGCCUCCAAAGUUCAGGAUUCAAACCUGAUGCACAAAUUACAGCAGACAAAUCUGACUUGUGUCCGUAACCUGAAAACUGUCCCUACUUGAGCCCUUUAACAGAGAUAACACAUAAAUGACAAUAAUGUGAAGUUUAUAGGCUCACCUACAAUGACAUUUUAAUUACUUGUUUUAAAGGCACUUAUUUAUGAAAUGAUUCCAAACAAAUAUUACUUUAAAUAUUACGUAUUACUUUUUUUUCCAAUGUGGUUGGAUUCUGUAAUAAAUUGCUUUUUAUAUUGAGAAGUGAAGUGCAGACCAAACUCUAAAACCAGGUCAGAGUCAAACAGAUGUGUUUGAGGGGUUGUUGGUGGGUAAGAAAUGCACUUUUGUUUUUAAAAGGGGUCGGUAGGGUGGAUGGAAAAGUGUGUGAGGAAAAAGGGAGCAUGUGACAGACCCUUUGUUUUAUGGAAGCAAAUUGAAUAAGUGGAAAAUGAAGGCCUUUGUGUGAAUGCUGUGUAUGAAAUGUUUGUUUUUCUUUUCUAUGACUGCGUUUGUUGCACUGAUCCCUACCAGAAUACUAUGAUUAUAUUAAACUAUUUUAUGGAAGACAUUAAUGACCUGAACAUAUCUCUUAAAAUUUGAGAAAAACUGAUGGAAUGUUUUUCUUAAACGGAAAUAUGAGUAUCACUGCCACAAUUUCAGAGAUUACUGAAGUUAUGGGUCUUUACAAGUCAAUUGAUAUUUUCCAUUUCGUAACUACGUCAAACUGCAAACCAACACCAAUCUAUUUCUUCUUAAAUUAUUUUUGGUGUUAUCUCAUUGUAUUGUGCCUUUCUUCACCAUGAUCACACUUUGUUGACCAGACUGAAGGACUUGACCUCUCAACUGUCGUAUCUUGAAUCAGAUCAUUGUUAGAGAUCAUGAGUUACAAAAUAGUUGACUUCCUUGUGCGUCUAGCUUUGCACAAUAUUUGUAUUCUCCUAUUCCUCAAAAGUUGGGUUGGUUUUCAUUAAUGUGUUGGCAAAGAACUAUUUCUGCUAAUUUAUCAAAGAAUACAUGUGCAUGGCAUUUGGCGCAUGCUGCUAAGUGAGUGCAGUGUGGAGUAGCGCUUACAUCCAAGUAUAAUCCCAAGUACAUUUCAGUCCACAGAGUGAAACAGGUGUUUAUUUCUAAAUAGGUUUCCUUGGUUGUGAUCUUUAAUAUAUCCCGUUGUGGUAAUAUGGUGCAGAAAUGAAAUGUAUGUCAAGAGGAAUGUGUCAGUUAUAAGAACAUCGUCAGCCCUCGAUUUAUCUGUUUACAUGUUUGAAAAAAAUUGAUAUGAUUGUUGUAGAAACUUUGUUUGUAUUUCAAUUCAAGUACAUUAAGUUGUACUGUUAAACAGGCAAAUUUGUAAUGUCUGGAUUACAGAAUUGGGCUUUCAUUUGUGUUGAUCAGGACAUCAGUAGAUGAUCUCCAUUGUAAAUAACAACAAAAGUAAGUUUGGGACAAACUCAUAGGUCCACUGAUGUCCUAAAGGCUAGAGGGCUCCAACUCAUCAACUGACUUGACCCCAUUAAUAUUUGGGAAAAGAUUUUCCUUAAAUUUAAUUUAACUGGCAAUUUGCAGAAUCAAGAAAUGUUGCUUUUCAGAAGUCUUUUGCAGGCUUAACAGAAACCACUCAGCCAGCCUUAAAUGGAUAUUUAUGGUCAUGGUUCCCUCAUAAUCUCAGUCCUGUAUGAAAUUACAAAUUUUCAAGUAGUAAAUGUGCAGAUGUUCUGACAUUGUAUAUAUUUAGAAGAAUAAAAAGUACUUUUUAAAAUAUGUUUUAGAUCACUGAGUGGUUUGGUUUAGUACCACAUAAUGGUUCCCCAUGGCUGAACCAAAGAACCACUAAUUUCUA